AGGCGGCGCGGGUGCCCGGAUGCGGCCCGGGCCGCGCUAUAAAGGGCGCGCGGAAGGCGGGAGCCGGCGCAGUUUGAAUCGCGGCGGCGGCGAGUGGGCGGCCGCGUCGUUGCGUCCGCAGCCGUUACCGAGCGAGCGUGCCUGCGCGGGAGCGAGAUGGCCGGCGGCAAGGCGGGCAAGGACUCGGGCAAGGCCAAGACAAAGGCGGUGUCGCGCUCGCAGCGCGCCGGCCUGCAGUUCCCCGUCGGCCGCAUCCACCGGCACCUCAAGUCGCGGACCACGAGCCACGGGCGCGUGGGCGCCACGGCCGCCGUGUACAGCGCGGCCAUCCUGGAGUACCUCACGGCUGAGGUGCUGGAGCUGGCGGGAAACGCCUCCAAGGACCUCAAGGUGAAGCGCAUCACGCCGCGCCACCUGCAGCUGGCCAUCCGCGGCGACGAGGAGCUGGACUCGCUCAUCAAGGCGACGAUCGCGGGCGGCGGUGUCAUCCCGCACAUCCACAAGUCCCUGAUCGGGAAGAAGGGGCAGCAGAAGACGGUGUAGGGCCGCCGGCCGCGCUCCCAGGACUUGGCGCGCGCACAGCUGUCCCGUGUCGGUGAUCCCAGUGGACUGUAUCUCUGUGAAAAACACGAUUUGCCUUUUGUAAUUGCGCUCGCGCGAGCGGGGCCGCGGCCCCCCACCCAGUUCUGCAUUCGCGUCCGACCGUGUCCGAUGUCCGUGGCUUCAGAGAAGCUCCCGCAGCGGCCGCUGCGUCCCUUUUAAAGAACUGUCCGGGUUUUAAUUGUGGUGCAGAAGGUGUAGUCCCAGCGUUUGGUUUUGUACAGACGUCCUCCACGCCGUGGAUGCGCUCAAUAAAGGUCACCUCCCACCCCG